CGCACACACAACACGACAUAAAAAGCCCAUUAGCCUGUUAAUGCAAAAUAUUGUGAAAAUAAAGUGCUAUGUCAGGAAAAUGAAAUCUUCCACCUACAAAAGUAGAGGGAAGUGAAUCCAGAUAAGGAAUGCUAUUAGGUCAUAGCAGGAGUUCGUCGACACACCCAGAGGUCUAGGUGGGAAAAGCAGUUUAUAAAAGCUUCCGAUUCCAGUUUUCUUUCUUCACUCCUCUGGACAGCUUUCAUCAAAAUACUCUACCAUAAAUUUUUUUUUGCAAAUAUCGCCCAGAUUUGUUUCCAUCUGACAAACCAAAAUCAAAAGUCUUAUCAUGUUUAAAGUCACUAUGUACAUCUUGGCGAUAUCUUCAAUUCUGAAAAGUGAGGGGCUUGCUCAGAUGGAAGCCGAAGAAAAUUGUGAGACACUCCAGUCCGAAAUUCAUAUUGCAAAAGAUGAGAAAGAUGAGACAGGAGGCUUGAUAAGAACUUGCAGUAGCGAUAUUAUGGUUACGAAAUGUGAAGGAUCUUGCAAUUCUCAAGUACAGCCAAGUGUGAAAACAAGCACAGGAUUUUUGAAGGAAUGCUACUGCUGUAGGGAGAGUUACCUAAAGGAAAGAUUAGUACUUCUAGAUCACUGUUAUGAUGCGGAUGGAGUGAGACUCGAAGGUGAAGUCCUCGGAACUAUGGAAAUAAAAUUGAGGGAGCCAGCCGAAUGCAAAUGUACCAAAUGUGGAGCUCUCGUUGGUGUCGACGAAUGCCAAGUCACCCGGGUUAUUCACGUUCUUCAGUACCCUGGAUGUGUCCCGAAACCGAUUCCCAGUUUCGCUUGCACAGGACGAUGCAGCAGUUACGUGCAAGUUUCUGGCUCAAAAAUUUGGCAAAUGGAAAGGAGUUGUAUGUGUUGUCAGGAGAGCGGGGAAAGAGAGGCGAGCGUAUCACUUUUCUGUCCAAAGGCAAAGCCUGGUGAACGGAAAUUUAGAAAGGUGACAACAAAGGCCCCCAUUGAAUGCAUGUGUCGUCCAUGCACAGGAGUUGAAGAAUAUUCCAUAGUUCCCCAGGAAAUAGCUGGAUUUGCUGAGGAAGGGCCUUUAACUAGCUCCGCCCAUUUCAGAAGAUCGUCAGGGCUUCAAUAAUUUUCCAAAUUUUCCUCAAUUUGAUGACAAAUUAAAACUAAUUUUUAGUUAUUUAAAAAAAUUAAAUUUGUAAAUUUUACAGUGCAAAGUAC